AUGAUGCUAAUGCAUGACGUAGAUGCAGCUUUACCAAACAAUAUACGUCAGUCAGAUGGGGUCGAUAUAGAUACUAUUUGUAAGCAGCAGCACAGGAACAACUGCAUUAAAAAUGUACCACGAGCACCGCCGUCUUUUAACAAGUGGCUUGCUGAGGCACUCGUCAAGGAGAAUGCCGCCUGUAAAAUUCAGCUUUUUCUCCGAUAUUGUCUUAAACAAUCAAGCAACACAUCAAUCAAAUGCACGGCUUCAACCGGGUCUUCCGUGGACACACUACCUGUACCAUUGGAGCUGGAUGACAACCAUUUGCAGUAUGAAGUUUUGCUUUGGUAUGGCUCUAGUCUUGGCUUCGUGGGCUUUGCAUCAAGUGAUAUUACAGGCUACCCUUGUGUUAAAACAGCCGAAGGCAAUAGCUCGUUGCCUGGGAUGUGGAAUCUACGUGAAGGCGAUUUCCUCAUAUCUAUCAACGAACGCAGCACGAAACGCAACGUUGCACCAUUUGAUGCAGUGAUGCAAAUCUUAGACAGUGGUGUAAGGCCGGCGGUGCUUCGGUUCCGUAGACCGGCGUCACAUGAGCUACAGAGCCAUUCGACUAGACCACGGCUAAUGUCCACGACCAUGCACUCAGAUAUGCAGCAGAAUCGAGAGCGGUUGGAACGGUCUCUGUGCUAUGUUAUUUGGCGAGAGGAAGAUGGUCCGCUUGGAAUCAGCUUGAAGCCAGAUAAUGCCAAGGCCUAUCCUGUAGUGACGGAUAUGAACAAGUACGGCGUGGCCGGCCGCGGUGAAAAGUAUGGCAAAGUGAGCGUGGGAGAUCAAUUACUGACAAUCAAUCAUUACGACGUUUUCCGACUGGGUUUCAAGAAGAUGUGCCAAGUCAUGCAGUUUGCUCCCAAACCACUUGUGCUCACGUUUCGUCGCACAUCACCGAAUCCGGUUGAGCCUCGCAGUCUUGACCUGUGA